UCAGCGCACUUCGACUCGAUCGCUCGUAUCGCUCCCGGAACUCUCGGAUUCGUAUUCGUAUUCGAAACUGGAAACCAUUCCGAGCCCCGAAACCGAUUCGAAAUUACGCGCUAAAUAAUCGAACACCAUAGUAGGCCAUUCGCACAUAAAGUUCUUGAAAUUACGACCUUUUGGGGCAUAUUCUGCCUGUGUUUAAAGACCAAAGUGUAAACAAACUAUAAAAUCCGAAGAAAACGAAUAAUUUAAACCAAAAAAUGGGUCGCUUGUUCCAGUACAACCGAUUUGGCGCCACCACGGAUAACGAUAACAAAAAGGAUACUCAGCUUAAGAACAAGAUGCUACGCAACGCCAUCAAAUGUCCCGACUACUCGGACAUCUAUGGUCAGUACAAUGUUGACUCGGCCCAGGAGAAGUGUGAACAAUGGACCAGCAAGCUGCAGUUCCCAAGUACUGGAGAACAGGAGCCCAACCAGAGUCGCACGCACAAGGUCUAUGACAGCAUGAAGAACUUCCUGCAGCGCAAACUGUUCGCCCAAUCCUCGCACAAGGAACAGCAGGUCCUGGACGAGGAGCCCACCAGCGAUUACGAUGAGCAGGACCUUCUCGACUCCUCGUACCAUGCCGACGCGGAGGAAGAGGAGGAGGAACGCGAUGCGGACUGCAGCUGCAGCUCCACCACCACCUCGAGUAGCAACCCCACCACGCCCAAACGUUCGCCCCAAAAGUCCCUGCUGUCACUUAACUGCUGGCAGACCAGUCAGCCCAGCAGCGACUCCAAUCCGGAGGACGAUGACGAGGAGGUUGCCGAGGAGGACUCUGAUGCGGGGAUCUCAGACUGUUGCCAACUUGUCACGGAGAACUCCAGCUUGAUUACAUCGAGCAAACGCCGCAGGAUUAUCCGAUUGCCGAUACGUUACGGCAGCACCCACCAAAACUCCGAUGACGAGGACGAUGAGGAGCCGGAGCUGCUGGAGUGUCCUUGGUACCAGCCAAGGAUCACGGCCAAGGCGGCGGUGGAGCACCUGCGAAAAUCCACACCCGGAAGCUUUCUUCUGCGCCGCAGCACUCCCCGGAAUUUCCAGCUCGUCGUGCGCCUGGAGAAGAACAGCAAGGUUAAGGCCUAUCCGGUGCAAACCACCCGGAAUCUGAUGUACCGACUGAAGGGAGCCAAGAAGCAGUUCACCAGCCUAAAGGCCCUGAUUACGCACCACUCGGUGAUGCAGGAGCAGCUGCCCGUUACCCUGGACAUGCCACGGGAGCGACAUGCGGUGAAGAACGCCUCCAUCCGGUACGACGAUGACUUCGAACCACUGGAGUCAUUGCAGCUGCUGGGGAUCCUGAAGAGCCUGCAGGCCAAGGGCAUCGAGAUGUAGAAAUUAGCCAUUAAGUGGGACUAUCUGGGACUGGGACUAACAUAAUAUCGAUCUGCAAAGGGAACGAUAGGUGAAAUUAAAUAGGGAUUUGUUUUUCAUGUGUCUAAGUAAUUGUGAUAUAGUUUAUGGAUAUUGGUUAGCUAUUACGUCAUCGUUUAAGGACUACCAACUAAGGGAAAUAGUGCAGAUUUGUAUCCGAUAUAAGGCUAAGUUAUUUUGUAUUGUAAAAGUGAACUAUGAAUAAAAAUCAAACAAUGCCAUUCAGCAGAAACGCAA